AUGUCUGGAGCAGUCGGAAAAGUUGUCAAACCUCAACUUCGCGGUCUCCUUCAGAAAAACAUCAAGAGGAAUAUAAUUGUUGCUGGAACAGUUGCUAUUGCAGCAGCUUUGGUUCAGAAGGUUUUUGUCAAUGAUGAAAGAAAAAGGGUCUAUGCUGAAUUCUACAAGAACUAUGAUAUUGAGAAGUCUUUUCAUCAAAUCAGGAACAAGGGUUUGUUUGAUUCAUGUGAACCAGAUAACUGA